AGCCGGGCUUGGCAGUGCCACCGGCUGGGUAGCUUUUGACGAGCCAAGUCCGCUUGACGCGGCAAACCUUCUGGGUCCAGAGGUGGCUGACCAGCCGCCGCUGUCAGCGACGGACACACCUCCAUGGCAGGUUGGAGAAAAAUAUCGUAUUUUAAAGACGCAGCCUCUUCAGAAACAGCCCGCAUCGCAGAGCCGCUGUUGCAAAUCGUUCUCUACCGGGCCCACGGCACUUCGACACUUUGGCAAAAAUAGUGCCAUUGCCCAUGCGCAAUGUUUGCAUCAAGAUGGUGAAGGAAGGAAUGCACUGUUUUCAUCAAUAACAGUGGAGUGCAGCUAACAAUCGCGAUGCAAUAGUUCAGCAACUCCGCAGAGCUGAAGUGAGUGAUACCCAAGGCGGAUCUUUGGUAGAAGUUCUCCGACUGCAGGAAACCAAUGGUUUUUGGAUGCAAGUGAGCGUUUACGAUGGCCCCAAUCCUGGCAAAAGUGGCUGGAUUCGGAGCCAGCUCAAGGAUAGUUUGCUUGUCGAUCGCAGAGAGCAAUACAAGGUGCAAUUGGGAGAAGAUGUUGCGCCAGCUACACCAGGGAAGAGAGUCGUGAAGAGUCUUGACACGCUGGCUGCUUUUGAAGUUCCAGACCCAGCAGAGCCCGUCGAUGACGUGGACACGCAAGAGGAUUUUGCGGAAAGCAAACGAUUAUCAUGCGGAUACUGCGUUUGCCAGGUAGUGCCGCCCGAGAGGAACCAUCCAGCAACUGUGCAUCAUCACAGCGCAUUCGAACUACCAGCAUCUCCGUCCAAGCGUUUGGAAGUGCUAUCCCCUAUGGAACUGCAGCAGUGGCUUCGGGGCAUUUACCUGCGGUACAAUCCGAGCUUGCUUCCCAAGGUGCCAGAAUUUGUGGAAAGCCACAAAGGGAAGGAGUCCUCACUUGUUGAAAGCGUGUGUCGCAAGUAUAGAGUUUCACCACCCCGUGAAUGGUACAAAACCCAGUGAACCACUUGCGGAAACAUCGCAGCUGCGGUGGCUGAAAU